AUCAGUCUAAUGACCCAGGACGACCAAAACUUGCCAUCAUCGAAGAGAGCUAUACCAUAUAUGUACUGACUGAUUUUCUAGGGAGAUUCUGGUAAAUGAAUGAAAUGUCUUUCUUCGUAUAGACAAGAACUUCGGAGGUGAGGCGAAGUAAGCUCUCGAGGCUCUUAAUGUCCAAGGUGGAAUUGGGAAUGGGUGGGGAAAAGUGUAUUGAAAUCAUGACGUCUACGAGUCAAAUGCCAAUGCCACGACUUUGACAAAACCAUAUUGUACUGUGCGUCAAAGAUCACAUAUUUCUCUAAAAACUAUCACUCUCUUGUCGUUUCUUAAUCAUAAUAUCUUAAUUAUAUCAUCGACUCAAAACUGCAAAAGAAAAAGUCUUCUUCACUUUGCUGUCAUAUCGAUUUCCGCCCCGCCUGCCACUUCGUUUCACAAUGGCCUCCUCCGGUCAAAGAAAACAUGUGGUGAUAAUUGGAGCUGGCGCUGCAGGAAUGUCAUGUGCCGCCACUCUCGCCCAGCAUCCAGAUAAAUUCAAAGUUACCAUGAUCGAAAGAAUGGGUGUAACCGGAGGCCAAGCAACCUCGAUAGCCCUCGACAAAGAGAAAUUUGGCACCGACUGGAUGAACGAUGGUGUCCAAGGUGGUUCGCCAAUCUUCAAGCAUACUUGCCACUUCUUCAAACAAUACGGUCACGAAGCUCAAGGCAUCAAACUUCAAGUCGCAUUUGGGAAAGGUGAAGAUGGAUUCUGGACGAAUUGUUUCCCUAGUCCUCUGGUCGAACGCUUCUCGAGCGAUAUCAAGAAAUUCGGCAAGGUGUUGAAGAUUAUCAAGUGGCUAAUGCCUGCAAUGGGGGUUAUACCUAUCCGAAUUAUGCUCAAGAUGUUCUUCUUCAGCAAGGACUUUGGAGAUAAAAUGGUGUAUCCUCUCAUUGCUCUGUUUCUUGGUACCGGUAACCAGACUGCCAAUGUAUCGUGCGCGAUCUUGGAGCGUUUGUUUGACGACAAGAAUAUGAAGCUCUGGGACUAUGAUCCAGAUACACUUCUUCCGAACUUACCUCAAAUGUUAACUUUCCCUAAUCUUCACAACUUUUACGAAGAUUGGAGAAAGGAUCUGGAAUCGAAAGGUGUGGAUAUUCGUCUCAACACUGAUGUCACGGAGAUUAUUCAACGUAGUGAGAAGGGUGUUGUGAUGACCACGAGACCGUUUAAUCCCGAUGCAAAUGACAGAAAAGGGGAACACACUGGGCCAACUUCCAAAUCUGAAACAUUUGAUGAAUUGGUCAUGUGUGUAUUAGCUGAUGAUGCACUGAAAAUCCUGGGAAAAACUGCCACUUUUAAGGAGAAACUAGUGCUUGGGGGAGCCAGAUUCUACGAUGACAUAACAGUGACCCACUCCGACCAUGAAUACUUCCGCAAACACUACGAAACCGAAUUCGACCCCUCCCUCUGCGCCGAUCCUAAAUCCCAGGCCCAAAAAGACCAAAUAGCUUUUUCAAAAGGGCAACGACGUGGUGUUGACAAUGAACCUAGUGGUUUUCGACCCAUGUACUACACCAAAUCCUAUGCACAUGACCCUAAAAAAAUCGAAAUGUCUUUUGACUGCACAAACUACCAACAUCAAUUCCGUCAAGACCACAACGCAGAAACUGCACCCGUUCCAUAUGAUCGCCACGUCUUCCAAUCUAUCUUCCUCGACGCCUCGAACCGCGAUUUCUGGACCAUCGAUGAGAUUUCUCCAGAUAAAGUGAUUGAGAAAAAAUGGUGGCAUCAACUUGGUCAUCGCUGGCAACAUUAUGCCAGGGUUGUACCUGGGAUGAUGUUCAUCAAUGGCAAGAAUCAAACGUGGUUUGCAGGAAGUUGGACGCUUGUGAAUAUGCACGAAUUAGCCCUUGUGUCAGGAAUUGCAGCCGCCUAUCGACUCGGUGCUGACUACGUAAAAUUCGACGAUUUCGCAGAAGAGUUCUUUGGUAAUUAUAUGCUUGUAUCCCAUGGAUUUAGAUAUAAAGUGGAAGAAAAGAGGAGGAAGCAGAAGAGCCAGUAAAAAGUAUUGGUGGAGGUUGUACAUACUGUAGGAUUAUCUAGCUAUUGAGAGUAAUGUUUACUUUUUUUAUUUGCUCCUGUUUUGAGAAUCUCAAAAGAGAAAAGAUGUAUGGAUUUAGUAUGAUCUGGGGGUUUGAAUUUUGCUAUUGGAUGCGAAGAUCUUGGAUGAUGGAUACUGAAGAAUAGAAUCGUGCAUCAAUCAUUUGAAUU